AAGUAUCAUUUCUCUCGUCAAAUCUGACAUCUCAGUUAAGGAAAACCAAAACUGUAGUGCAUUAUAAUUUUUUCUCAUCUAAUUUGUUUAUUAAAAUUCGAAAAAUACUGCUAAAUUUACGAAAAUAAUAAUGUCAACAACAUCACCUAACCGUAAUAAAGCAACCACUACACCAAGUACAAAAAUAACUGCCGAACAAGUUAUAAUUAUAAUUCGGUUGAUAAAAAAAUACAAAUGUAUUUGGGACAGAAAUCAUCCAGAUUUUGGGAAGCGCCAAAUACGAUCUAAUGCCUUCAAAAAAAUUGGAAGCUAUUUUCAACUAACCGCCGAAGAUGUAAGCCGAAAAUAUCGACGGUAUAGGAAUUGUUACAUUCAAGAACUCAAACAGAUUCGUGAGAAGAAGAAGACCUUUAGUAAUUUGUUUUAUUUUGAUGAAAUGGAUUUUCUGCGAAAGGUAGUUGGGCAACGUGCAGAGGCCGCCAAGAAAUCUUCAGUAGUUUCUCCUUCCAGAGAAAGUUCUGAUGCAAUAAAUUUAGAUUAUCACUUUAAUACUGAUGAUGAUGAGAUUCCAAUUGAAUCUCUUGAAAAUGAUUAUUAUUUCGAACCUGUUGAGGAGCAUUCACAGUUUUCUAGCUAUGAGUCGAAUCACUCAAAUGAAGAACCUCUCUUGGUGGCUGAGAACAUAAAAGAAGAAGUUGCUAUGAGUUUAGAACCAGAAGUUGUAGAUCAGGAAGAAUGUUUAAUUGAAGAAAUACAAGAUGAAAAAGAACUUGAGAAUGCAACAAAUGAUAAAUCAGAUGAAUUUGAUAUCUUUGCUGCAUACUUGGCUAGUCAACUUAGAGAAAUGGAUAAGAUAUCGGCGUUGGAAACUAUGGAAGAACUUCAACGAAUUAUUUUUAAACGAAGAAUUCAAAUUUUAAAAAGAGAUCAAUCAAGUAAUUAGGAACUUUUAAGGAUUGCAUAAAUAUUUUAGUGGAAUCAAAUUAGUUUUAAAAAUUUAAAUAAAAUUGAUGUAGGUACAUACUGUUAAGAUCUA